GCGGCUCCUCCGGCUCCGAGCGCGUUCGGGCUCUGGCAUGGUGCCGGUGGAGGAGCCGUGACGGGGAAAAUGAAAGUUUCCAUCUUUCAUCUCCACUUUUUCCUCCUCCUCCUCUUCAUCCCCGAAGGAAGAACGGAAAACAGCGCUGCUGAACCCGCUGGAACAACCAGGACACCUGGAACCAGCACCAGACCUGGGACCACCAGACCUGGGACCACCAUCCCUGAGACCACCAGUGAGCCAUGGACCACCAGUCCUGAGACGACUGGUCUGGAGACCACCGGUGAGCCAUGGACAACCACCAGUCUGGAGACCAUUUCUACCACCCUAGUGGCCACCACGACCAUCCUAGAGACCACCAUCCCUGAGACCGCCAUCCCUGAGACCACCGGUCCCGAGAUCACCAGUGACACGUGGAAUGACACCAGUCUCGAGACUAUUGCUACCACCAUCCCUGAGACCACCACCAGCACCCCAGAGACCACCAGUCCAGAGACCACCAGUGAACCAUGGACAACCAGCAGUCUGGAGAACAUUUCUACCACCCUGGAGAACACCAUGACCAUCCCAGAGAUCACCAGUAGCCCAUGGACCGCCACCAGUCUGGAGACCAUUUCUACCACCUCUGAGACCACCACAAACAGUCUUGAGACCACCAUCCCUGGGACCACUAGUCCUGAGACCACCAGUGACACAUGGACCACCACCAGUGUCCCAUUGACUACCAGCCUGGAGACUGUUGUUAUCACCCACGAGACCACCACCAGCAUCCCUGAGAACACCAGUCCAGAGACCACCAGUGACCCAUGGAAUGCCACCAGUCCUGAGACCAUUUCUACCAUCCCUGAGACCACCAGUGCUGAGGCCACCAGUGACCCAUGGACUUCCACCAGUUUUGAGACCAUUUCUACCAUACCUGACACCACCAACAACCCUGAGACCUCCAGUCUGGUUACCACCAGUGACGCAUGGACCACCACCAGUCCUGAAAAAAUUUCUGUUACCACUCAGACCACCAUGAUCACCCCUGAGACCACCAGUCUGGAGACCACCAGUGACCCACGGAUGACCACCAGUCUGGAGACCAUUUCUACCAUCCCUGAGACCACCAGUCCGGAUGCCACCAGAGACCCAUGGACUUCCACCAGCCUUGAAACCAUUUCUACCACCCUUGACACCAACACCAGCAUCCCUGAGACCACCAGUCCUGAGACCACCAGUGACCAAUGGAUGGCCACCAAUCAUGAGACCAUUUCUACCACCCUGGAGACCACCACCACCAUCCCAGAGACCACCAGUCCAGAGACCACUAGUGACCUAUGGACCGCCACCAGUCUGGACACCAUGUCUUCCACACCUGACACCCCCAUGACCAUCCCUGAGACCAGCAGUGGCCCAUGGACCUCCACCAGUCUUGAGACCAUUUCCUCCACCCUUGACACCACCACCACCAUCCCUGAGACCACCAGUCCAGAGGCCACCAGUGACCCAUGGACCACCAGUGACCCACGGACGGCCAGCAGUCCUGAGGUGGUUUCUACCAACCCUGACACCACCACAACCACCCCUGAGACCUCCUCGACCAUCCUUGAGACCACUGGUCCAGACGCCACCAGUGAUCAAUGGAGCACCACCAGUCUUCAGACCAUUUCGACCAUCCCUGGCACCACCAUGGCCAGUCCUGAGACCACCAGUGACCCAUGGAAUGCCACCAGUCCUGAGACCAUUUCUAUCAUCCCUAAGACCACCAGUGCUGAGGUCACCAGUGACCCAUGGACUUCCACCAGUUUUGAGACCAUUUCUACCAUACCUGACACCACCACCACCACCAACCCUGAGACCUCCAGUCUGGUUACCACCAGUGGCCCAUGGACUGCCACCAGUCUGGAGACCAUUUCUACCACCCCUGAGACCACCACAAACAGUCUUGAGACCACCAUCCCUGGGACCAGUAGUCCUGAGACCAACCCUGAGACCACCAGUGACCCAUGGACUUCCAGCAGUUUUGAGAGCAUGUCUACCACAUCUGAUAUCACCACAACCUUCCCUGAGACCACCAGUCUGGAGGCCACCAGUGACCCAUGGACCACCACCAAUGACCCAUGGACCACCAGUGAUCAAUGGAGCACCACCAGUCUUGAGACCAUUUCAGCCAUCCCUGACACCACCAUGACCAGUCCUGAGACCACCACUGACAAAUGGACCACCGCCAGUCUGGAGACCAUUUCUACCUCCCCUGAGACCACCACCAGCAUCCCUGAGACCACCAGUCCUGAGACAACCAGUGACCAUUGGAAUGCCACCAGUCCUGAGACCGUUGCUACUUCCCCUGAGACCACCACCAGCAUCCCUGAGAACACCAGUCUGGAGACCAGCAGUGACCCAUGGAUGACCACCAGUCUGGAGACCAUUUCUAGCAUCCCUGAGACCACCACCACCAACCCUGAGACCUCCAGUCUGGUUACCACCAGUAACCCAUGGACUGCCACCAGUCUGGAGACCAUUUCCACCACCCCUGAGACCACCACAAACAGUCUUGAGACCACCAUCCCUGGGACCAGUAGUCCUGAGACCACCAGUGACCCAUGGAUGACCACCAGUCUGGAGACCAUUUCUACCACCCCUGAAACCACCAUGACCAUCCCUGAGACCAGCAGUGACCCAUGGAUUGCCACGAGUCUUGAGACCUUUUUCACUGUCUCUGAGACCAACUCGACCAUUCCUGAGACCACCAGUCUUGAGACCACCACUGACCAAUGGACUUCCACCAGUCUGGAGAGCAUUUCUACCACCUCUGACACUACCACGACCAACCCUGAGACCACCACUCCUGAGACCACCAGUGACCCAUGGACUUCCAGCAGUUUUGAGAACAUGUCUACCACAUCUGAUAUCACCACAACCUUCCCUGAGACCACCAGUCUGGAGGCCACCAGUGACCAAUGGACCACCCCUAAUGACCUCUGGGUCACCACCAGUGCUCAGACCAUUUCUACCAUCCCUGAGACCACCAUGGCCAUCCCUGAGACCACCUUCCCUGAGACAAGCAGUGACCAAUGGACCACCACUAGUUUUGAGACCAUGUCUACCAACCCAGACACCACCACCAACACCCCUAAGCUCUCCUCGACCAUCCCUGAGACCUCCAGUCCUGAGACCACCAGUGACCCAUGGACGACCUCCAAUGACCCAUGGACCACCACCAGUGACCCAUGGGCCACCAACAGUCUGGAGACCAUUUCCACCGCACCUGAGACCACCACAGCCAUCCCUGAGACCACCAGAAUCAUCCCUGAGACCUCCAGUCCUGAGACGACCGGUGGCCCAUGGACCACCAGCAGUAUGCAGGCCAUUUCUACCACCCUGGAGACCACCAUGACCAUUCCUGAGACCACCAUCCCUGGGACCACCGGUCCUGAGACUACCAGUCCUGAGACCACCAGUGACCCAUGGAUGGACACCAGUCUGGAGACCAUUCCUACCACCCUGGAGACCACCAUGACCAUCCCUGAGACCACCAGUGAUGAAUGGACCACCACCAGUUUUGAGACCAUUUCUACCACACCUGAUAUCACCACGACCUUCCCUAAGACCACCAGAACCAUCCCUGAGACCUCCAGUCCUGAGACCACCAGUGACCAAUGGACAAACAUCCCUGAGACCAGCAGUCUGGAGGCCACAGGUGGCCCAUGGACCAGCAGUGACCAAUGGACAGCCACCAGUCUUGAGACCGUUUCUACCACCCCUGACACCACCACAACCAUCCCUGAGACCACCAAUCUGGAGGCCAUCAGUGACCAGUGGACCACUCCGAAUGACCCAGGGACCACCACCAGUAACCCAUGGGCCACCACCAGUCUUGAUAUCAUUUCCACCACCCCUGAGACCCUCACGCCCUUCCCUCAGACCAGCAGUGACCAAUGGACCCCCAGCAGUCUUGAGACCAUUUCCACCACCCCUGAGACCACCACAACCGUUCCUGAGACCACCAGAAUGAUCCCUGAGACCACCAGUCCUGAGACCACCAGUGACCAAUGGACUUCCACCAGUCUUGAGACUGUUUCUACAAUUCCUGAGUCCACCGCCACCAUUCCUGAGACAAUUCCUGCCACCCCUGACACCACCAUGACUGUCCCUGAGACCACCAGUAACCCAUGGGCCACCACCAGCCUUGAGACCAUUUCUGCACCCCCUGAGACCACCACAGCCAUCCCUGAGACCACCAGUGACCAAUGGACUUCCACCAGUCUUGAGACCAUUUCCUCCACCCCUGACAUCACUACGACCACCCCUGAGACCACCAGUCCAGAGGCCACCAGUGGCCCAUGGACCUCCACAGAUCUUGAGACCAUUUCUACCAUCCCUGACACCACCAUGACCAGUCCUGAGACCACCAGUGACCAAUGGACUUCCACCAGUGACCAAUGGACCACCACCAGUCUGGAGACCAUUUCCACCACUAUCCCUGACACCACCAUGACCAUUCCUGAGACCACCGGUCCUGAGACCACCAGUGACUCAUGGACCACCACCAGUCUGGAGACCAUUUCCACCACCUCUGGGACCACCACAGCCAUCCCUGAGACCACCUGUGACCAAUCAACAGCCACCAAUGAAGAGACUACUUCUACCAUGCCUGAGACCACCACCACCAUCCCUGAGACCACUGUUUCCGAGGCCACCAGUGACCAAUGGACUUCCACCAGUCUGGAGACCAUUUCUUCCACCCCUGACAUCACUAUGACCACCCCUGAGACCACCAGUCCUCACACUACCAGUGGGCCAUGGAUCACUGGUCACCCAUGGACCUCCACAGGUCUUGAGACCAUUUCCACCAUCCCUGACACCACCACGAGCAGUCCUGAGACCGCUGGUGACCAAUGGACUUCCACCAGUGACCAAUGGACUACCAAUCUUGAGACCAUUUCCACCACUAUCUCUGACACCACCACCACCAUCCCUGAGACCACCAUGACCAUCCCUGAAAACACCACUCCAGAGGCCACCAGUAACCCAUGGGCCACCACCAAUUUGGAGACCAUUUCCAACACCCCUGAGACCACUGCCACCAUCCCUGAGACCACCAAUCCUGAGACCACCAGUGACCAAUCAACAGCCACCAAUGAUGACACCACUUCUACCAUGCCUGAGACCACCACCACCAUCCCUGAGACCACUGUUUCUGAGGCCACCAGUGACCAAUGGACUUCCACCAAUCUUGAGACCAUUUACUCCACCCCUGACAUCACUAUGACCACCCCUGAGACCACCAGUCCUCAGACUACCAGUGGGCCAUGGACCACUGGUGACCCAUGGACCUCCACAGGUCUUGAGACCAUUUCUACCAACGCUGACACCACCAUGAGCAGUCCUGAGACUGCUGGUGACCAAUGGACUUCCACCAGUGACCAAUGGAGCACCACUAAUCUUGAGACCAUUUCCACCAUCCCUGACACCACCACGAGCAGUCCUGAGACCGCUGGUGACCAAUGGACUUCCACCAGUGACUUGUGGACCACCACCAGUCUGGAGACCAUUUUUACCACUAUCCCUGACACCACCACCACCAUCCCUGAGACCACCGGUCCCGAGGCCACCAGUGACUCAUGGACCCCCAGCAGUCUGGAGACCAUUUUCACCACCUCUGAGUCCACCACGGUCAUCCCUGUGACCACCAGUGACCAAUGGACCUCCACGAGUCUUGAGACCAUUUCUACCAACCCAGACACCACCACAACCAUCCCUGAGACAUCCACGAUCAUCCCUGAGACCACCAGAACCAUCCCUGAGACCACCAGUGACCAAUGGACUUCCACCAAUCUUGAGACCUUUUCUACCAACCCAGACACCACCACAACCAUCCCUGAGACCAUCAGUGACCAAUCGACAGCCACCAAUGAUGACACCACUUCUACCAUGCCUGAGACCAUCACCACCAUCCCUGAAACCACUGUUUCUGAGGCCACCAGUGACCAAUGGACUUCCACCAGUCUUGAGACCAUUUCCUCCACCCCUGACAUCACUGUGACCACCCCUGAGACCACCAGUCCUCACACUACCAAUAGCCCAUGGACCAGUGGUGACCCAUGGACCUCCACAGGUCUUGAGACCAUUUCCACCAUCCCUGACACCACCAUGAGCAGUCCUGAGACCACUGGUGACCAAUGGACUUCCACCAGUGACCAAUGGGCCACCACCAGUCUGGAGACCAUUUCCACCACUAUCCCUGAGACCACCACCACCAUUCCUGAGACCACCGGUCCAGAGGCCACCAGUGACCGAUGGACAGCCAGCAGUCUGGAGACCAUUUCCACCACCUCUGACACCAUCAUGACCAUCCCUGAGACCACCAAUUCUGAGGCCACCAGUGAUCCCUGGACCACCAGUAGUGACCCAUGGACCAGCAUCAGUCAGGAGACCAUUUCUCCCACCACCCCUAUCCCUGAGACCACCAGUCCCAAUGCCACUAGUGACCUCUGGACCACCACCAGUCUGGAGACCAUUUCUAGCACCCCUGAGACCACCACAACCAUCCCUGAGACCACCAAUCCCGAGGCCACCAGUGACUCGUGGACCACCAACAGUCUGGAGACCAUUUCCACCACCUCUGAGACCACCACAGCCAUCCCUGUGACCACCAGUGACCAAUGGACUUCCACGAGCCUUGAGACCAUUUCUACCAACCCAGACACCACCACAACCAUCCCUGAGACCUCCACGGUCAUCCCUGAGACCACCAGAACCAUCCCUGAGACCACCAGUGACCAAUGGACUUCCACCAGUCUUGAGACCAUUUCCACCACUAUCCCUGACACCACCACCACCAUCCCUGAGACCACUGGUCCUGAGGCCACCAGUGACCGAUGGACGGCCACCACCAACAUUCCCUCUGGGACCACCACCACCUUCCCUGGGAUCACCACAACUUUCCCUGAGACCACCACCACCUUCACUGGGGCCACCUCUUCCACACCUGGGACAAACACCAAUCCUGAGACAACAGCGUUCCCUGAGACCACUGUGACCCCUGAAACCACCAUGACCUUCCCCGGGAUCAGCCUCCCUGAGAUCACAGCCAGCUUCCCUGAGACCACCAGAACCAUCCCAGAGACAAUGACAAUCCCUGACACCACCACAAUAUUCCCUGGGACCAGCAGUCCUGAGACCACCACCCACUCUGGGACCUCCACCACCUUCCCUGGGACCGCCACCACUUUCCCUGGGACCACCUCCGCCUUCUCUGGGACCACCACCAAUCCUGAGACCAACAUCCCCUCUGAGACCACCAUCACCUUCCCUGGGACCACCACCACCACCUUCACUGGGGCCACCUCCUCCACACCGGAGACAAACACCAACCCUGAGAAAACAGCGUUCCCUGACACCACCAUGACUCCGGACACCACCAUGACCUUCCCUGGCACCACCCUUCCUGAGACCACCAGCACCAUCCCAGAGACAACCACAACCCUGGGCACCAUCACAGCAUUCCCUGAAACCACCAGUGCUGAGACCUCCAUCACCUCUGAGACCACCACCACCUUCCCUGGAACCCCUGGCACCACCACGCCUGAGAUAACCACAACCCCUGGCACCACCAUGACCAUCCCUGAAACCACUGAGACCAUCAGCACCAUCCCUGCAAGCACCACCAGUCCUGAGACCAUUUCUAAAACCUCUGGCACCACCAGAUUCCCUGACACCUCCAUCUUUCCUGGAUCCACAACCAGAACACCUGAGACAAACACCAACCCUGAGACAUCAGUGUUCCCUGAGACCACCAUGACAUUCACUGGGACCACCAGUGCAGAGAUCACCACCACAAUCCCUGAGAUCACCAGUGCAGAGAUCACCACCAUAUCUGAGACAAUCACAACCCCUGGCACCACCAGGACCAUCCCUGAAACCUCCUUCCCUGAGACCAUCAGCACCAUCCCUGCCAGCACCACCAGUCCUGAGAUCAUCAUCACCUUCCCUGGGACCACCACCUCAACACCUGGCACAAACACCAAUCCUGAGACAACAGCGUUCCCUGAGACCACCAUGACCCUAGACAGCACCACGACAUUGCCUGGGAUCAGCCUGCCUGAGAUCACGGCCACCUUCCCUGAGACCACCAGAACCAUCCCAGAGACAAUGACAAUCCCUGACACCACCAUGACCUUCCCUGGGACCAGCAGUCCUGAGACCACCACCCGCUCUGAGACCUCCACCACCUUCCCUGGGACCACCACCACUUUCCCUGAGACCACCACCAUCUUCUCUGGGGCCACCUCCUCCACACCUGGGACAAACACCAACCCUGAGACAACAAUGUUCCCUGAGACCACCAUGACCCCUGACACCACCAUGACCUUCCCUGGGACCACCCUUCCUGAGACCAUCAUCCCAGAGACAACCACAACCCCUGGCACCAUCACAACAUUCCCUGAAACCCCUGGUCCUGAGACCUCCACCCCCUCUGAGACCACCAACACCUUCCCUGGAACCUCUGGCACCACCACGCCUGAGACAAGCACAACCCCUGGCACCACCAUGACCAUCCCUGGAACCACCCUCACUGAGACCAUCAGCACCAUCCCUGCCAGCACCACCAGUCCUGAGACCAUUUCUACAACCUCUGGCACCACCAGAUUCCCUGACACCUCCAUCUUUCCUGGAUCCACAACCAGAACACCUGGGACAAACGCCAGCCCUGAGACAUCAGCAUUCCCUGGGACCACCAUGACCCCUGACACCACCACCACCAUCCCUGAGAUCACCAGUGCAGAGAUCACCACCAUGUCUGAGACAAUCACAACCCCUGGCACCACCACCGCCAUCCCUGAAACCUCCCUCCCUGAGACCAUCAGCACCAUCCCUGCCAGCACCACCAGUCCUGAGAUCAUCAUCACCUUCCCUGGGACCACCACCUCCACACCUGGCACAAACACCAAUCCUGAGACAACAGCGUUCCCUGAGACCACCAUGACCCUGGACAGCACCACGACAUUGCCUGGGAUCAGCCUGCCUGAGAUCACGGCCACCUUCCCUGAGACCACCAGAACCAUCCCAGAGACAAUGCCAAUCCCUGACACCACCAUGACCUUCCCUGGGACCAGCAGUCCUGAGACCACCACCUGCUCUGAGACCUCCACCACCUUCCCUGGCACCACCAGUCCUGAGACCAACAUCCCCUCUGGGACCUCCACCACUUUCCCUGGGACCACCACCAGCUCUGGGACCAACACUACCACUCCUGAGACCAACACAACCACACCUGGGACCAACACCACCCCUGGGACCAACUCCACCACUCCUGGAACAAACACCAGCCCUGGAACCAACACCACCACCCCUGGGACCAACUCCACCACGCCUGAGACCACCACCACAACACCUGGAACCAACUCCACCACACCUGGAACAAACACCACCACACCUGGAACAAACACCACCACUGUUGGGACCAACAUCACCACACCUGUAACCAACACCACCACCCCUGGGACCACCACAACCACACCUGGAACCACCACCACCCUUGUGACCAACACCACCACCCCUGAGACCAGUAACACCACCCCUGGGACCAACACCACCACACCUGGGACCAACAUCACCACCCCUGGGACCAACACCACCACCCCUGGGACCAACAUUACUACACCUGGAACCAAUGCCACCCCUGGUACCAACACCACCACCCCUGGUACCAACACCACCAUCCCUGGGACAAACUCCACCAUGCCUGAGACCACUACCACAACACCUGGAACCAACACCAUCACUGUCGGGACCAACACCACCACACCUGGAACCAACACCACCACACCUGGAACCAACACCAUCACUGUUGGGAUCAACACCACCACCCCUGUGACCAACACCAUCACACCUGGCACCACUACCACCACACCUGGAACCACCACCACCACCCUUGCGACCAACACUACCACCCCUGAGACCAACACCACCACACCUGUGACCAACACCACCACACCUGUGACCAACACCACCACCCCUGGGACUGACACCACCACACCUGUGACUAACAUCAUCUCUGAGACCAACACCACCACCCCUGGAACCACCACCAGCACACCUGGAACCAACACCUUCACUGUUGGGACCAACACCACCACCCCUGGGACCAACAUCACCCCUGAGACCAACAACACCAACCCUGGAACCAACACCACCACACCUGGGACCAUCGCCACCACACCUGGAACCAACACCACCACACCUGGAACCAACACCACUACCCAUAUGACCACCACCUCCAACCACACAACCAUGGCAACCACCACUGCCACACCUAGGACCACCAGCACCACCCACAGAAGCACCACCACCAGUGCCAUACCUAGGACCACCGGUAGAACCACCACCAUCACCAUCACCAUGACCACCUCUCCCCACUCCACCACCACUCCAGGGAUCUGCAGCAACGGUGGCACCUGGGUCAACGGCCACUGCCAGUGUCCCCUCGGCUUCACCGGGGACAGGUGCGAUGACAUCAGCACCACCAUCGAAACCAAGGCUGAGGCCAACGGGACGGUGCAGGUGGUGCUGCACGUCACCAACCGGGACUUCACCGAGGACCUCAAGAACACCAGCUCACGCGCCUACAUGGAAUUCGUCAAUAACUUCACCAAGCAGAUGGACACAGUCUACGGCGACAUCGAGGGGUACCAGGGCAUCGAGGUGAACAGUCUCAGGCCUGGCAGCGUGGUGGUGGAUCACACCAUCGUCGUGUCCCUGAGGGUGACCUCCCAGAGCCAGGAGAAGCUCCACAACAUCACAACCAACCUGCAGAGGAAGAUCAAAGUGGCGGCAAUGCAAUUCAACUGCACCAACGAUGAUCUGUGCUUCAACUCCUCCAACGUGGAGAUCAACAGCACCACGAUGAAAUUCGAUGAAGAUGCCUACUGCUGGAGCCAAGCGCCCGAGGGCUACCAGGAAUUCUUCUUUCCCAACCUGACGAGCUCCGGGUUGUCCUGCAUGUCCAACUGCACGCCCGGCACCGCCAGCACCAUCGACUGCAGCCGUGGGAAGUGCCACAUCACCCGUGAAGGUCCUCAGUGCUUCUGCGAUGACAUGCACCUGUACUGGUACCAAGAUGACCGCUGCUCAUCACGGGUCAGCAAACUGGCCAUGGGCCUGGGCUUGGCCGUGGCCAUCCUGGUCGUCGUGGUCAUCGUCCUCUCCAUCUUCCUCUUCCGAGCUCGGAGAUCUGGGUCCUUUGACAGGGCCGAGCAGAAGAUGAUGGAGAAUUGGUACCAGAACAUCAGCGAGGUGUGGAGCCCCCAGGGAAGCUUCACCUUGAGGAACGAAGGUGCCCAGCUUGAGGAAGACCAACCAGUCCACCUUGAGGCCGUGGACACGUCGGUGCCGAUCCAAAUCCCACGGCCACAGAAGUUCAUCACGCAGCUCUGAGACGUGGUGGGGUGGUGAUUUCCACCACCAGAACUUCACCAUCAUCAUCAUCGUCCUCACCGUCCUCAAUGUCACCAAAGUCAGGAUCAUCAUCAUGAACAGGAUCAACAUUAAAAUCUUCUUCAUCAUCACCAUCAUUAUUAUCACGACCAAGAAGAUUACCAUCAUCACCAUCAUCAUCAGCACGAUCACCACCAGCAUCAUCAUCGUCACCAUCAUCAUCAACACCAUCAUCCCCAUCACCAACCCCAUGGAACGAGGUUCCCCCAGCACUGCAGGACAACCUGGACCUUCUCCUGGGGGGCACUUUGACCCCCUGCCUUCAUCUUCAUCCUCCUCCUGUAUCCCUCGUCCUCUUCCUGUGAGCACUUUUAGGUGGUGACCCCACUUUUAGGACGUGGGGACCUCACCUCCAGCAGCACUUUUGGGUCCUGACCCCACCUGAAAGGUCAUGUCCCCAUCUCCAAGGUCAUGUCCCCACCUCCUUCCCUCCCCAAAUUCAAGGGUGAGGUUCCCCCCCACCCAAAAAUUGGGCUGGACCCUCUCCUUCUCAAUGAAGUCACUCAAACGUCUCUGGUGUUACUGGUUUGUACUGGGACAACCCCAGUGAUGGCUUGGGGUGGGGACAAACAUCCCCGACCACCCUUUUGGAGCUAUUUUUGGGGGUGACACCCCCAAACCCACCUGGGACCCCCCCUACUCCAACAGGGGACACUCCCAGCGCAUUCCAGCACCUGCCAGGUGUGUUUGGGGCCACACCUGGCCACACCUCCAGGUACUGGGGACUUUGUCCCCGUUCCCGACUCCG